AUGUUGCCAGUAGUGAUGGCCAAGUUCCGAGCUAUACUGCAAUUGGACGACUUGACUACAGAUGUGCCUUUCAUUAAACAUUUGCCGUCGAUUCCUGGCUUUCCAAUAGUGGGAAACCUUGUUCAGCUUGGGAGUGAGCAGCCGCGACGUUUGGCUGAGUUGUCAAAAAAACAUGGACCCGUUUUUCAGAUCAGAUUGGGAAAUAAAAGAUUCGUAGUCGCAAAUACCUUCGAGUCUAUUAAGCAACUUUGGAUCAAUAACCAAUCCAGUCUGAUAUCUCGGCCUACGUUACACACAUUUCACAAUGUCCUUUCGUCUUCUCAAGGCUUCACUAUCGGAACCUCCCCAUGGGAUGAGUCCUGUAAACGACGACGGAAAGCCGCCGCUGCAGCAUUGAACCGACCAUCAGUUGUCUCCUACAUGCCUUUUGUCGAUUUGGAGUCAUACGUUGGUAUUAAAGAGCUUGUACAGCAACUGGGUCACAGUGAAUCACAAGUAGAUCUCGACCCUUAUCCGUUGUUUCAACGACUCGCCCUCAAUCUCAGCUUGACCCUUGGAUACGGAUUCCGCAUCGAUGGCUCCAUUGACAACGAGCUCUUGCGCGAAAUUAUCACCGUGGAACGUGGAAUUAGCACUCUUCGCAGUACUAGUAACAACUGGCAGGACUUCAUACCUCUGUUAAGACUAUUUUCUAAGAGAACAAACGAGGCGUCCGAUCUGCGUCGACGGAGAGAUGUUUAUCUUGAACACCUGUUGCAAAAACUCAAGGAUAGGAUAUCUUUGGGAACUCAAGUAUCUUGCAUCACAGGAAACAUUCUACAAGACCCUGAAUGCAAACUCACUCAUGAGGAAAUAAAAUCGAUUUGCGUGACAAUGAUAGCAGGGGGUCUUGACACAACACCUGCGACUAUUUUACUCGGCAUUGCAAUUCUUUCAGGACCCCAGGGUGCCUCGCUUCAAACAAAACUGCUGGAAGACAUUCACAAGACAUAUUCCGACGAAAAUGCUUGGGAAAGGUGCCUCGAAGACGAGAAAUGCGAAUAUGUGAAAGCCUUUUGCAAAGAGGUACUUCGCUUCUGGACCGUCAUUCCAAUGUCCCUACCCCGCGUAAGCAUCAAAAACGUUGUGUGGCAAGGCGCGAUCAUUCCUGCUGGAACUACCUUCCUAAUGAACGCCUGGGCGGCAGACUUCGAUGCUGACCAUUUCAAGUCACCCCACGAAUUCACCCCAGAGCGGUUUCUGGAUAUCCCAGAAGGAUCGGGCACGCAACACUUUGCCUUUGGAGCAGGAUCUCGCAUGUGUACCGGCUCGCAUCUGGCGUACAGGGAAAUGUAUGUCACGUUCGUACGCAUACUUAUUGCAUUUGAAGUGUUACCUGCCAAGGAUCCAGCACAACGGCCAAUCCUGGCAGGUCCUCUCGAGUGCAACGCCAACCCAUCGGGAUUGUCCAUUGAGCCGAAAGCCUUCAAAAUCGGCUUUCGUGUCCGCGACAGGGUUCGCCUUGAGAAGUGGUUGGAGCAAAGUGAAGCUGCAACAAAACAUAUCGAAAGAUAA